UAAUCCUAGGGAUCUACUAAUCCGGAUCAUUGAAAUUUGAUCCAAGGGCUCACUUUAAAAGUUAUAAUAACUUUAGCCAUUGAAUCAAAUUUUAAUGACCCGGAUUAGUGGAUCCCUAGGAUUAGGAUGCAUGAUCCGGAGAGGAUCCAUGUCCAUAUAUACACACCCAUUAAUUUUCCCUCUCAGUUGCAACCUGAAAGCCCUCCUUCCUCUCUGUCUCUCUCUCUAACACAAAUUAAUGGAAGUAUCAGUGGCUGUUGGUGUCGUUUUGGUUGGCAUAAUAGUAAUUACAUGGGCAUGGAGGGUGGUGAACUGGUUGUGGCUGAGGCCAAAGAAGCUAGAACGAUAUCUGAGGCAGCAAGGCCUUGCCGGAAACUUAUACAGGUUUAUGUCCGGAGACAUGAAAGAAAUCUCCAUGACGACAGAACAAGCUUAUUCUAAACCCAUGAGCCUCUCCCAUGACAUAGCCCCACGAGUAAUCCCUUUCCAUCACCGAUUAGUAAACACUUACGGUAAGAAUUCUUUUGUUUGGAUGGGCAGCAUCCCAAGGGUGAUCAUCACUAAUCCAGAAGAUUUGAAAUACAUCUUAACAAAAAUGGAGGUGUUUCCGCAGCCAGAACCAAACCCACUUGUCAAGUUACUAGCAACAGGUAUUGCAUUCUAUGAAGGUGAGAAAUGGGCAAAACACCGAAGAAUUAUCAACCCAGUAUUCCAUUUAGAGAAGCUAAAGCGUAUGUUACCGGCAUUUUACGAAAGUUGUAGUGAGAUGAUUGUGGAAUGGGAGAGCUUGGUGUUGAAAGAGAGUUCAUGUGAGUUGGAUGUUUGGCCUUAUUUUCAAAAUUUGACAGCCGAUGUGAUUUCUCGAACAGCAUUCGGAAGUAGCUAUAAAGAAGGAAGAAAAAUAUUUCAACUUUUGAAAGAGCAAGUACAACUUGUAACAAAAGUUGUGCAGAGUGUAUACAUUCCAGGAUGGAGGUUUCUACCAACCAAGACGAACAAGAAGAUGAAAGGAAUUGACAGAGAGAUAAGAGCGUUACUUAUGGGUAUUAUAAACAAAAGAGAAGGGGCGAUUAAGGCAGGUAAAGCCACAAAAGAUGACUUGUUGGGUGUGCUUAUGGAAUCCAACGUGAAGGAAAUCAGGGAACAUGGCAACAACAAAAAAGUUGGAAUGAGUAUGCAUGAUGUGAUCGAGGAGUGCAAGCUGUUUUACUUUGCAGGGCAGGAGACCACUUCAGGGUUGCUAGUUUGGACAAUGGUUUUGCUAGGUCAAUAUCAGGACUGGCAAGAUCAUGCAAGAGAAGAGGUUAUAGAGGUCUUUGGAAGCAACAAGCCAGACUUUGAUGGGCUAAUACACCUAAAAGUUGUGACCAUGAUUCUGCAUGAAGUUCUUCGAUUAUACCCAGCACUUUCCCUGAUGACUCGAAUCACUAGCAAGAAAACACAACUUGCAAACUAUUCUUUACCAGCUGGAGUGGAAGUUGCCUUACCCACACUCCUAGUUCACCAUGACAAACAAUUGUGGGGUGAUGAUGCACAGGAGUUUAAGCCGGAGAGGUUUUCGGAAGGCGUUUUGAAGGCAACAAAGAACAAAUUUACGUACUUCCCCUUUGGAGGCGGUCCGCGGAUUUGUAUCGGGCAAAAUUUUGCAAUGGUGGAAGCAAAAGUGGCCUUAUCGUUGAUUCUACAACACUUUACAUUUGAGCUUUCUCCCUCCUAUGCUCAUGCUCCUUCUUCACAUCUAACCAUUCGGCCACAGUUUGGUGCUCAUAUCAUUUUACACAAACGUUGAUUACUUCUGUGUCAGAAGUUCUCUCUAAAUUGUUUAUCAAAUAUUGAGAAAUAAAAAAGUUGGUGAGACCUACGUGAA